CUGCAGGCCAGUGGGGGCAACGCCGACGCGGCUCUUGAGAUCCUGGCGGCUAUUCAAGCGGCCGACGGCUCGGGGCUCUCGAAGGAGGUGGCCACGACGCUGCUGACGACCUUCGUCGAUAAGAACAGGGUCGACAAGGCGCUGCAGGUGCUGGAUCUGUCCUACAAGCAGAAGAUGUGGCUGCGGGCGCCUCCCUUCGAGGCGCUCAUCACCAGGAGCUACAAAUCGAAGCACUACGACACUGCCCUCCAGGUGUUCGACUCGGUGCAGCGCGCCAACUUGAGCCCCAGCAACCUGGUGUACACCACGGCGCUGCUGGCGGCCCACAGGUUGAGGGACAGGGAGCGCGUGCUCAAGAUCCUGGAGCAGAUGCUCAAGGACGCCAAGCCCUACUCGUCUCGAGCCUUCCAAGUGGCUCUGAGCGCGGCGGUCAAGUCCAGACUGCACCAGUUCGUGCUGGAGUUGAUGGAGUGCUCCAAGGCGCUGGAUGUCGAGCUCACGAGCGAGCACUACCACUUCGUGCUGAGGAGCUAUGCCGCUGUGGGCAACAUGGAGGCUGCCUUGGGUACUCGAGACACGCUGCAGCAGAACGGGUUCGAGCUCACCGACGACGGGGUCCACUGGCUCGUGCACUGUGCGUGCAGGACGGACCAAUGGGACCUCGUGGUCGACGUGUACGAGCUGAUGCCGGAGAACCUCCGCCCAGAGCUGAAAGGCUGGCACCUGGGUGCUGUCAUCAUGGCGCAUGCCAGAGCUGAAGACAAGGAGGCGAAGCUCCGCGCGCUCGAAAUCUUCAACCAGCACAAGGACAAGGUCAGCGAACUCGCAUACGGCGGCGCGAUCACCGCGUUGCUGGACACGGAGCAGUUCGACGAAGCCCUGGCCCUUGCGGAAAACAUGAAGCACAAGGAAAUAGCUUGGGGGAAGAACGUGUACCAAGCUGUGGCUUUGGCUCUCAUCCGCCGCGGAACAGCUGAAGAAGCCGUGCAGUUGCUGGAGACGAGCGUUCGCUGCAUGGGGGAUGAACCGGACGGCUACCUCAACAUCAUCCAGUUCUACACGGACCGGCACCCUCGUCCU